AGGAUUCGUAGGUGUCGGUGGAAAGGGUAAGCAUCCUAUGACAUACCCGUUGGGAUUUUUCUGAUAACUUAUCUGCCUCUUGUUUUUCAUUCACCUCCAACUUCCAUUGGUAGCUAGUUGGAGUUUUAAGAGUGCCUUUCUAUUUUUAAGUCUUGUUCGUGCUAUGUUCUGUCAGGUAGGAGCUGUUUUAGCAGUUUGCACUAUCAACUUUUCCAAUUAGUGUACUUGUCUUUUAACCUUUUUUUCUUCCAUUUCAACUGUCGUCAUUAUAUGUCUUAAUAUGUUGUCUGGUUCUUUUUAGAGUUAUACACUGUUUGCAUCUGCCAUGAACACGGGUAUUAUUACCAUUUUAACAGCAUUCUUGUGACUGUUUGGAAAGACACCUAAUUAAUGUUGCCAUGUUAAAGUAUUCAUUCUCCUCUUACGCAGAUUUUUAUUUGAGUUUUCUGUUUCCAUUGUUUAUUUAUUUUCUCGAUUCUUCAUUCAUGUUCGAUAGUUCAGCAUUAUCAACCGAGUUUUGAAUUUCACAAGAACACAAAAAAAGGAAUGGGUAUUGAGUACCGGAUUUUAUUGGUGGGUCUUCUUGCUUUCAGAAUAUUAACUGAACGAAGAUCAGUGACGUGUGCUUGUUGAUAAAGUACUUCAAAUAUAUUUAGGAUCCCAUUCAAUUAGAUUUAAACACGUCUUUUUACUCUCUGAAGUCUUAACAAUGUUGAGUUUUUUACUUUUAGGCAAUUCAAAGCUAAUUUCCGCUUCAUCCGGUCAAAAGGUUAGCCAUAAAGGAUGAGCUUUCACAAUGCUUCAAAAGAUUGAUAAGAUGUCAGUAAAACUGUUCAUUAACAGUGGAGUUUUUCUCGCUUACUUCAAAUUAUUUUAAUGAGUGGAAUGAACUUGAACUUGUAACCUGAACCCGUAUUUGCUUCAGUCUUUCUUUUUUUUGCUGUUGUAUUGAAACUUGAGACCAGAUAGAGAACUAGUGUAGGAAAAGAAAUUAGCUUUAUUGAUUGUUACAAUUCAAUAGCAUGAAAAUUUUCUCUUGGUUCGUGAAUAGUACCUGAAAUCAUGAACCACAAGCCAUGGCUUUGGAGGAAAAAAUCUAUGGAGAAAACAGUCUUUGCUGGGGACAAAGAUGUCAGUCCUUCUAGACCCAUCGAAGAAGAGGUACACAAACUCCCAGUAACUAAAGAAUCUGGAUCCGAAAGAUCAUCAAUAAGUCUAAAUGAGAAGUUGGCAACAGUCCUUCUUGAUUCUCAUUCUGGAGAUGAAGUAAAAUGUGCUAAAGACUUGGAUGAAAAAGCGUCUUCUGUGACUGUUUCUCCUGCAGAUGCAACAUUGAAGGAACCUUUGCAGCCACCAAGCUGUGUUCAAGAAGAAAAAGAGAAAAAGUUGUGUGGUGACAUUCCAAAGAUAGCAAUAGAAGAUAAGAAGAUUCAGAAAGAAUUGGAAGAGAAGUUGAGGAACACAAGUAAAAGGAUAGAUGACCUAACUGCCGAGAAUACUCAUCUUUCUAAUGCCUUGCUAACCAAGGAAAAAUCAAUUGGGGACCUAGUAAAAUGUAAGCAAGAAGCAGAUGCUGAGUUUAGUACAUUGAUGACGAGAUUAGACACCACAGAAAAGGAAAAUUCUUUUCUAAGAUAUGAGUUUCACGUUCUGGAGAAGGAACUUGAGAUCCGGAAAGAGGAGACUGACUAUAGCCGUCAGUAUGCAGAUGCCUUCAUUAAACAGUACCUUGAGUGUUCUCAGAAAGUGUCAAAGUUAGAAGCCGAGUGUCAAAAACUCCGUCUUAUGCUACAAAAAAGACCACCUGGUUCUGCUGGUAUGGUGAAUAUGAAGAAUGAAGUUGGAAUGAUGAGAAGAAGAAAGUCCAAUUCCAACAGGGAAUUGAUCAACAAAAACAAUGAUUUUGGAAACUCUUCUGAUGUAUCUGAGAAAAGUUUGGCCUUAAUGAUCAGACGCUUGCAAGAUCUGGAUGAGGAGAACAAGGCUCUCAAGAGAAUUUUAACCAAGAAAAAUUCUGAACUGGAAUCUUCUAGGCUUAUGUAUGCUGAAACAGCUUCCAGAUUAUCGCAGGCUGAGAUUCUACUUAGAAAGGUUUCUGAAAAUCAGAAGUGUAUGGAGCUAGCUAGGUGUUAUCCCACAUCAAAUGAACUUCCUUUGAUGUCGAAUUGUGACAUUUAUAGUGAUGAUGAGGCUAUCUCUGGAUCCUGGGCGAAUGCUCUUAUUUCCAAACUUGAACAUAAGAACUUCAGAGGCUAAAGUCGUAAGAGUAGUAAACCCACUGAAGUUUCAGACAUGAGUUUCAUGGAUGACUUUGUUGAGAUGGAAAAACGAGCUAUAGUUUCUAUUGAUACACCUAAAAGACGAUGCUUCUCUGAUAUAAGUGGUAGGGAGCUAGUGCCUGUUGAACAAGAUCUUCUGGGCUUCAGUGAGAGGAAAAAGGAGAUACAAUUGAAAUAUACAACUGAAAAAUCAUUUGACUGGCUUCAGAUUGUUUUGAAUGCAAUCUUAGAGGAGAAAAACAUAUCAAAACGAGGUCUUCAUGAACUGUUUGAUGACAUAAAAAUUGCUUUGGAUUGCAUGAAUCACCCAACUGCUUGUCAACCUGACACAGAAGCAGAAAGCAGGCAACACUUAAGUUCUAAUUUUAGAAAGUCAAUCUACAGGAUUAUCAACCUCAUUGAAGGUAUUGCUCCCAAGCCAUUUAUGUGCAGCAAUUGUUUAGAUUGCUUGGGGGAGAAUAAGCAUUCAGACAUAUCCCAGUCAUCAACACCCAAAGACUAUUUUGUUCAUGUUUUCCAAUGGAAGGUAACAGACUUAAAUCCUCUCCUGCACCAACUUGUUCACACCUGUAAGGAUUUGUUAACAGGGAGAGCUGAUUUUGAAAAUUUCACUGAGGAAGUAGCAUUUGCUUUGGACUGGAGCGUUAAUAACUGUGCCACCUCCACAAAUGCUGCAAUUGCAAGGGAUAGGAUCAAGAAGCAUUUUAGCAGCCAUUUAUCACAAAAUGAAAAUAAAAUAGAUGAUGAAGAUGAACAGGCUUCUCAAUCAGCCUCUUAUGCAUAUCAAGAAGAUCAGUGUGAGCUCUUCAACACAAAGAAUAGUCAUUGUGAUCUCCUUGAUGAUAUUAGGAAGUUAAAAGAUGAUUUGAGGAAUGCAAAAUCUGCGAAGAAAGACUUGGAAGAAAAGCUGAUGUCAGUAACAGAUGAGAGUCAGAACUAUGCAAAACAAUAUCACGGAGCACAGAAUAACAUCAAAAAUUUAGAAUCUGAAAUAGAGACACUGAAAGAUCAGAUUGAGAAACAAAAAAUCAUAAAUGAAGACCUUGAUACACAGCUUACAAUGGGUCAGGUUAAGUUAAAUGACAUUUUCCAAAAAUUUUCGUCCUUAGAAGUUGAAUUAGAGGAUAAAAAUAACUCCUGUGAGGAAUUGGAAGCGACGUGUCUAGAACUUCAACUCCAAUUGGAGAGCAUUGCAAAGAAGGAAUCUCCAACAUAUGGCAGAUACGAAGUAGAAAAGAUAUACCAAACUGGCUGGGAGAUCACAACAGCUUCAUCAAAGUUGGCAGAGUGUCAAGAAACCAUCUUGAACCUCGGGAAACAACUCAAGGCACUUGCUUCAUCUAGUGAAGUAGCACUUUUUGACAAAGUUGUCUCCACAACCAGUACUGUGGCCAAUCCAACCCAGAAGAAGAACUUGAUCAAACGAUCCUCUCUACGCAAUCAAAUGCAAGCUGAGGAUGAAGCUAAAGGAAUUAUCCGUAAGUCUUUCCAAACCGAAGAAACUGGCAGAGAAAAAGAUGCGCAGAUGCCACCUCUUCUUCAAUCUGAAACCGAAAAAUCUCUGCAAAGUCCUAAUGACUUAGUUCAUUCUCCAGCAACAAGCCUCACUUCAGAGAAAAAUGAUAGAAGCAAAGGCACAGGAUCAAUGGCAAUUGUGCCAGGUAAAAAGAAAGUAGGCUUUGGUUUGCUGAGAAAGCUGCUGUCAAGAAGAAACAAAGGGAGGGCUAAGGGAACCAAGUUAUUAGCCAAAGAUUAACUAAGAAGGAUCUUGUAUAGAAUAUCAAGACGUGGUUAUGUUUUUGUCUUUUGAUAGAUUCUAAUGCAACAUGUUUGAUUCGAUAUGAUUGAGGUCGCGAGUUGAGACCCAAAGACUGAGAGCAAAGGUUUGGUAAUGUAAAUAUAGCUGAUGUACAUAUUCAUUGGCAUUUGAGGUUAAGCCACUCGAGUUUGGAAUGUUUUCUGUUUGCUUUUAUUAUAAGAUGAUAUUGCUUUUCAUUUUAAGGCUUAA